UUUUGCAGCUUGCCUGAUUUCUUCAGUGACCUGUGGGGGUGCUGGUGCCCAGGACUCCAGGACUUGGUGCUCUGGUACUGGCUUUCCAACAACGAGCUGGGGAGAUUAAGCAUUUCGAUCUGUGCUUUGGGAGCAGCUGACAGUGUGCGGUAAUGUGCUGACUGGCACUAUGGGCAGGCGGUACCCAGGGGCUCACUAUCGGCCAAGCAGCUCAUUUGACUCUGGCGUGGACGCAUUGGCAGUGUUUAUGGCAAGCGGCAGCACGACGGACGUUGUGAACCGCAACAGCCCUGCCACCCCACCCAACACGCUCAACCUGCGCUCCUCUCACAAUGAACUUCUGAAUGCAGAGAUUAGGCACACAGAGACCAAGAACACCACUCCUCCAAAGUGCAGGAAAAAAUAUGCGCUGACUAACAUUCAGACAGCCAUGGGUCUUUCUGAUCCAGCAGCGCAGCCCCUUCUGGGGAACAGCUCUGCCAAUAUAAAGCUGGUAAAGAAUGGAGAAAACCAGCUCAGGAAAGCCGCCGAGCAGGGACAGCAAGAUCCCAACAAAAACCUCCCUGCCACUGCAGGCAUAAACGUAACUUCUGAGAAGUUUGAAGGCAAAGAGCCGAUCCCGCAGGAUUCCUCUGGCUGUGAAAUACUCCCCUCACAGCCAAGGAGGACCAAGAGCUUCCUGAAUUACUAUGCAGAUCUAGAGACAUCUGCUAGAGAGCUAGAGCAGAGUUUUGUUACUAUGGAAGAUAAAUCUGCACAAAGCAACAGCCAGGCAUCUACCAUUAUUGUCAAUGGGGAAGGCUUGCCCCGUAAACAAAACAAGCCAUCAAGCCCAGAGGAUGGCCAAGUUGCUGCAGUGUCUUCAAGCCCUGAGACUAAGAAGGACCACCCAAAAACAGGGGCCAAAACAGAUUGUGCUCUCCAUAGGAUUCAAAACCUGGCCCCAAGUGAUGAGGACUCCAGCUGGACUACACUGUCCCAGGACAGUGCCUCACCAAGCUCGCCUGAUGAAACAGCAGAUAUCUGGAGUGAUCAUUCAUUUCAGACAGACCCAGAUUUACCACCUGGCUGGAAAAAAAUCAAUGAUGUUGCUGGGAUCUACUACUGGCACAUACCAACAGGGACAACUCAAUGGCAGCGUCCCGUAUCCAUCCCAACAGAUCUCCAGGGUUCACGAAAAGGAUCGCUUGGUUCCAUUACUCCAUCACCUACUCCAGAAACUGAGAAACAGCCAUGGAGUGAUUUUGCUGUACUGAAUGGGGGAAAGAUUAAUAGUGACAUUUGGAAGGAUCUGCAUGCAGCCACUGUGAACCCCGACCCAAGUCUGAAAGAGUUUGAAGGAGCAACGUUACGCUAUGCCUCUUUGAAGCUCAGCAGAAAUGGUCCACAAUCUGAUGAUGAUGAUUCCUGUAGCAUCAACAGUGAUCCAGAAGCCAAGUGCUUUGCUGUGCGAUCCCUGGGCUGGGUGGAAAUGGCAGAAGAAGAUCUAGCUCCUGGAAGAAGCAGUGUUGCUGUGAACAACUGCAUCAGACAGCUCUCUUACUGUAAAAACGACAUCAGAGACACUGUUGGCAUUUGGGGAGAGGGCAAAGACAUGUACCUUAUACUGGAAAAUGACAUGCUGAACCUGAUCGAUCCCAUGGACCGCACAGUUCUUCAUUCACAGCCCAUUGUGAGCAUCAGAGUCUGGGGUGUGGGGCGUGACAACGGCCGAGACUUUGCUUAUGUGGCAAGAGACAAAGACACAAGGAUUCUGAAAUGUCAUGUGUUUCGAUGUGACACACCGGCAAAAGCCAUCGCCACAAGUUUACAUGAAAUCUGCUCCAAGAUUAUGGCCGAACGGAAGAAUGCUAAAGCUAUGGCUUGCGGUUCAUUGCAAGGGGGGACAAAUGUCAACCUUGAUGUUCCUCUGCAAGUAGAUUUCCCAACACCAAAGACAGAACUGGUACAGAAGUUCCACGUUCAGUACCUGGGCAUGCUGCCUGUAGCUAAACCUGUGGGAAUGGAUACUCUGAACAAUGCCAUCGAAAGUCUAAUGACUUCCUCUAGCAAAGAAGAUUGGAUGCCAGUUACUAUGAAUGUUGCUGAUGCUACUGUCACAGUCAUCAAUGAAAGAAAUGAAGAGGAGAUCAUGGUGGAGUGUCGUGUGCGGUUCCUGUCCUUCAUGGGGGUAGGCAAGGACAUUCACACAUUUGCCUUCAUUAUGGAUACAGGAAACCAGCAUUUUGAGUGCCACGUUUUCUGGUGUGAACCAAACGCAGGCAAUGUGUCAGAAGCUGUUCAGGCUGCUUGUAUGUUGCGGUAUCAGAAGUGCUUAGUAGCCAGACCUCCCUCACAGAAAGUGCGACCACCCCCACCUCCUGCAGACUCCGUGACUAGAAGAGUUACAACCAACGUAAAACGAGGAGUGUUGUCCCUCAUUGACACUUUGAAACAGAAACGCCCGGUCACUGAGAUGCCAUAGCUGCACCAGAGAGAAGAGCCUCCUAACCCUUAACUGAAGAUAACACUAGCUAUACUAAGGAAAGUGAACUGACAUUGUCUGGCCUUCCAUUUCAAAUUGCUGAUGCUUUGUCUUCAGAGAAUUUACCCUUAUCGAAGCAAUGUUAGACAAGCAUGUUCUCGUUCUUGCCACCAUCGUGUGAUAUGAAAAGAAGCAUGAAUAAUUUUUUUGCUGUCAGUGAGUUACACCAUGAACAAUGGAAGGUCUGUUUGAUUGUAAAUAUAUGAACGUUACCUAAACUCACACAAAAAAAAGAAUAUGGCCACGUCCCUCCCAGUGAACUCACGCUAAAGUCCUUGGAGUGAAUGAUGCCCAAGUUGCUAGUUUCACCGUCUUGAGCUGAAUUUGUCACAAACCAAUCUUAACUCCUACAGCACUUUGCUCUGUUUUCAACACUGGAGUAGGUACCAAGUGUUAGCUACUAUUGAAUUACUGUAGAUUAAAUACCAAGUUUUAUUUUUUACAGAACUACACCUCUUAGUUUUAAAUUGUUUGUCAGCAUCGGUCUAGCAACCACUUUAUUAACUCUCCGACAUGCUUCUGAAUUGUGUCAUUAUUUCAUCUCCCAGUUACACAUCAUGGUCUUAGAGAAGAAUUGUGCUUAAUACUAAAGCAAUGCUGAAAAAUCCAGAAGAGUUUUCAGUGACCGAGUUGCGGGGUGAUCUACUGAAGCUUUUCAGCUUUAAACAUACAAAUGCAACCGCUGGCUGUUAAAUUUAUUCUCCUAAAUCUGCCAUUAAUUCAUCACAAAUACCGUUUGUUUCACAGAGGGCUCAAACCAACCAAGAGUAAGAAAGGACUAGUCUGUAAUUUUAUUGUCUUACAACUCUUACAGAGACUAAACUAUUCCAGACCUUUUCUGUACAAGUGUUUGAUGAAAUGUUCAAUUCAGCGUCUGGUUGCACAGUUCCCCCUUCCCCUCAGAGGUUGUUGCUGAAUGCUGAACAUGCCCCAGAAAGGUCAGUCGUGUUUCUUGUCAAUUACAGAAUUCCAUGAAAUCUCUUUUAAUACUCUCAUGUCAAAAUAAGAAGAGAGUUUUUUCUAACAGGACAGCACUUCAGGGGGUACAUAGAAUCAUAGAAUAGUUAGGGUUGGAAAGGACCUUAAGAUCAUCCAGUUCCAACCCCCCUGCCAUGGGCAGGGACACCUCACACUAAACCAUGUCACCCAAGGCUCUGUUCAACCCAGCCUUGAACACCGCCAGGGAUGGAACAUAAAUAAACAUCAAACCUGAUUUCAUGCUUUUGCUCCACAGGCUUCUUAUAAUUGCUUUGACUUACACACUUCCGUAGGCCCUGACAAAGCCAGCCCAGUGUUGCCCCCUCAAAAGUGCACCUCAGGCUGAUGUUCAAAUGCAGUCAGACAUCUUGAGUCUCUCCCUUUGCCAUCUUCUGUCUCUACCUGCAGAUUAGUGCAAAUUUUGGAAAUAGAACAGUAAAGAUAUUUUUAACUAGCAUUAAAACUGUUUUGCCUCCAUCUA